AUGGCAAGUAAUAAUAACAAUAAUAAUAAUAAUACUAGUUAUGGAGAAAUAUUAUUUUGGAAAGUUUUUAAAAACAAUUAUAUAGUUAGUGUGAUAUUAAACCAAAUUCAUCAAACUGAAUGGGUAGACUAUAAACUUCCAUUAGAUUAUAAUAUUAAUAAUCGAUGCAAAUUUGAAGAUAUUCAUUCACUUUUUUUAAUGAUAAGGAAUCAGUUAUUCUCAUUAAUUAAAAAUAAAAUCAAACAUGGUGACUACAUUGAAAUUGAUAAAGAGUCAAUAAGAUAUUUAUUUAAAAAAUUGACAUUUAGAAAACAACAACAUCCACAACUAAAAAACAAAGAACAAUAUUUAGAAGUCAUUAGAUUAUUAAUGACCCAUAGAAGAGAUGAAUUUGAAAUCUGUGAUCUCACUAAUCUUGCCAUAGAGUUGGACAGUCCGGAAGUAUUAAGAUUACUAGUUCACGAGCCAUUCAAUCUUUUAAUUGAGCCAGAUACAUUAAAAACUGCAUUUGAAUGCAAUUGUUUAGAGACCAUCAAAGAGAUUGUAAAUUCAAAUCCACUCAACAUAAAGAAUCAUGGUAUUGAUUUAAUUUCUGCAAAAGUAAAGAAGUUUUCAUUCCGUUCAGCUCAUAAUAAUGCUAAUCAAACAAGAAUUCUUCAAUAUUUAAUCGAUAAUCCAUCAUUAUAUACAAAGCCAACUCAAGAAGAACAAAAAAGAAAGAAAUUAAAACCAUCAAAUUCAAAUGAAGAAGAUGAAAUAGCAACAACAAAAAGUAAAAAAAAUGAGGAAGAAGAAGAAGAAGAAGAAGAAGAAGAGGAAUUGAAAAAAAUUGGGUAUGAAAACUUUAUAACUACUUAUAAAGUAAGAAUGAUGAAUAAAAUGAUGGAUUUAGGAGUGGCUUAUAUUUCAAAACCAAAUGAUAGAAAUGAAUUUGAUAUUAGAGAUUGGUUAGUAAUAGAUAGACGUUAUGAAAGAUUAUUGGUUACAUUAAGAUUUUAUUUUGAACAUAUUUUAGAUAACCGUACAAAAACAAAUAGAGAUAAAUUAAUUGAAGAGAAAGUAAAUUCAAUUCGUACAAAUAAUCAAGUUGGAUUCGAUAAAUUAAAAGAGUUGAGAAAAUUAAUUGCAAUUGAAUUUAAACCAACAAAUUUCUAUUAUUAUUAUUCUCGUAUUUAUGGUGAAGCAAUUAAAGAGCUUGGUCCAAUUCAAAAAAAAGAAUUCAAAGAACAACUACCACCAGAUAUAGCUCAAUCAGGAAAUGGAGAAGGCCAGGGAAAUGGAGAAGACCAAGGAAAUGGGGAAGAGCAAGAGGAUGAGGAUCAAGAGGAGUUGCAAGAACAGCAUAUUGGGGAAGAUAAUGGGGACAACAUAGGAAUAGCCGAUAUCGCUUUUAUACUUGAAAAAGAAGAAACUGCAAAGUUUGAUUACGUAGGUGAUGACAAUGAUGAGAACGAUAGUGAUGGCGAGGAUGAAGAUUAUGGUUAUGAGGAUUUGAAACACAUCAACGAUUUGCUUCAUUUUACAGAGGACAACUAUGACCAUAAAUACCCCCUUGUAUUUGAUGAAUCAAAAUUAUAUUCAAUUAAAAUUAACAAUUUAUUGAAAGCAAUCAAAGAGGGUGAUAUUGGGGAAUUAAGCAGAAUCGAGGGUGAAUUUUCUGAGAAUUAUGAUCUUACUUCAAAGAUUUCAAACUUUCACAGAUUUGAAUUCCCUUCACGUGAUAACAUAGGAGCCAUAAUGAGACUAUGGAAUUAUUUCAAUCAACGUUCAUUUAAACAAUUUAGAAAGAAAUAUUUAUAUUUCAACUUUUUAUCACAAUUCACUAGAAUCAUUCCACCACCAAAGUUGGAGUUUACAUUUAAAGUGCCGAUAGUUAAAGCAACAGUGUCCACCACCACCCUCCUUACCGAUAGAAACUUUACAUUGGCCGAGUUGUUCAUUAGAAAUAUCACCCCUUUCAAACUUUGGAAUCCAGGAUACUGCAGUAGUCGUUUAUCAUUCGGAAAGACAUUAUUUUAUAAAGAUGAAUCAAUCUUUCAAUAUGCCAAUAAUGUCGAUCAAAUCAUUUCAUUAAUUAAUCUAAUGGUUGAUAAAUACUCAAAUGAAGCCAAUAAAGAGGGCAUUGAUUGCAGGGUAUCCUAUAAUGUCAUCUUUGUGUAUCUUUAUGAUACUCUAAUCAGAACUGAUGGUUUAACAAUUCAACAAUUGGAAUCAAUUCGUAAUUCAUUGGAGGAACAUUCAUUUUUACCAAAUGAUAACUUAUUCCGUUGUUUCUUUUAUCUUAAUUUAAGAUCACCAAAAUUAUCAAAAUAUCUCAUCACAAGACCUGGUAUCAAAUCAUUCAUGGAUUCUUUAUCAGAUUCAAAUUUCGUUGGUUAUAAUACUUCAACAAAUCAUGAAAUAACUAUAGGUUUUAAUUUAGAAACUCAUUUCAAUACAGAUUUCUUUACAUAUGAUUAUUUAUUAGGUAGAGAUAGCAAUAAUAAUAAUAAUAAUAAUAAUGAUAAUAAUAAUAAUAAUAGUGAUAAAAUUAAAUUUAGAACUUCAUUUGAUGAUAUUUUAAAAGAAUUAAUUAAAAAACUAUCACAUGAUAUUUGUAAAAAAGAUAAUAGAGAUUCAAUAGUAGAUGGUGGUGAUUUCUUUAGUCAAUCAUUAAAUUCAGAUUUACAAUAUUGUUUAGAUAUUAAUAGAAAAGAUUUAUUUUGGGAAUUAUUGGAUUGGAUCGAUGAUUAUUUAAAUGAAAAUGAAAACUUAAUUUAUAGUCAAUCAUAUCUAACUAAUUCACCAUUAGAUUCAGUAUUACCAAAUAGUAAAGUGUUCAAUUGUAAUUCAACAAAUAAUGUACUCACAGCAGAAUCAACAACAACAACAACAACAACAACAACAGAAUCAACAAAUUUAAUAAAAAGAUCAAUAACAGAUAAAUAUUAUGAAAAACCAAUACCAAAAGAAUCUUCAAUUAAAAUUGAUUGGGAUGAUAGUAAAUUAAUUGAUCAAAUUAAACCAAUGCUAAAAUUAAUUAAUAUAUUCGAAUUUUCAAUUGAUCUUUUAAAUUCAAUUUGUAAAGUAAUGGAUAUUAAUGAAAUUCAAAGAAUUUUAAGAUUUAAUACCUACGUUUCAAAUUUCCAUAAUAUCAUUUAUCGUUUAGCUGCCAAGUUAAAUAGAAUUGAUAUAAUUUCAUUUAUUAUGGAUAAUUUCAAAAUUGAUAUCAUUAAUUAUUUAGAUUUAAGUAAUUACUCGGAAAUUAAAUACAUUUAUGAAAAUCAUUUUGAACAAGUAAAAAAUAACUUUGAAUUGAUAUUUAAAAGUCUUGGAGAUAAAGAUUCAAAAAUUCAAUUCACUUUUUUAAAUAAUUUAGUUCAGUAUCUUUGUUGUAAUAAAACUACAGAAUUGUAUGAUAAAUUCAUUGGUAAUGAUUUACAAAUUAGAAAUAGAAUAGCAGAGAAUGUGAUCGUAUUGUUAAUACACCAAUUCCGUCAUGAAGGUAUGGGAAAUUUCAAAGUUCAAUUGAAUGAAACCCUCCCUUUGCUUAUCAAAAAUCGGUCACAAAAAGUUAACUCAAUAAAAUCAAUCAUUGAACAACCAGAAACUCAAUCAUUUAUAAUUUUAAAACUUCAAGAGUUUUUAAAUAAAGAUGUCAAAGCAAGAAAAUCAUUCAAUGGCAAGGAAACUUAUUUCCAACAAAAUUUAUUUUCAGAUUUCUUUGUCAAAGGUAAAAUUAAAUGUUGUGAUUUAGUUUUAAAAAAUCAUCCAAAAGAAAUUAAAAUCACUCAAGAUAUGCUAAAAAAAACUUUAAAAAAUUCAAACUUUCAUAUUAUUAAACAUUAUCAAAAUAUUGAUAAUUCUAAAAAUUUAAUCAAUAAUUUUAAAGAUGAUCAACAAUUACUUAAAAUUUUAAAAGAUAAUUUACCAAAUCACCUAAUUAAUAAAUUAAUUUAA